UUUCCUUGUUCGUCGUUUUGGUUUCCGGCGCGAAAAGGCUUUUGGAGGGAGUUGGACUCAUCUCGUUCUCCUUAUCGUGUUUCCUAGGACUUUUCUUUCAUUGUCUCCUUCGCGAUGCCCGAGGCAGGGCGGGCGGUCGUGCUGUCUGCGUUUACUGUUGGUUUUCUUUGGCUUGCUGUGGGCAUCUCGCGCCCUCUUGUUGCUUUGGCAUGGUUUUUGGGGUCACCGGCAUUAAUCGGAGGGGCAGGGAAUGGUACACGGGGUUUUCGCAUGGGCUUGCGCCCCGGGCAGAGGGAAUUGGAUCUUUGCGCAAAGACAGCGUAGGCUAAUGACUGCGAUUGGCAGGAUGAUUGGCUGGUCCAUGAUGGUGUUUCCUUCUGCUUUCUCUGUUCAAUAUGCGGCACCUAUUUGUUUUAAUAUUGGCAGCUCUCUCCCACCGGUUUGCUUUCCGAUGGCUCGAUCUUCUCUCCUUUGGUAUUUUCUUUCUCAUUGUUAUAUCUUGGUCUGCUGCGUCUUUCUUCUCUCAGAUACCUUGUUCGAUAUACAGAUUGCUCGUUUGUGGCCAUGUAUUACGGAAGUGGAAUGCACGGGAUGUGGCAGGAUGCCUCAGGGACUAAGCCACCCGACGCUGCGAACCGUCGAGGGAGGCUGGCCCGUCCGCUCGUGUAUAGAUGAUUAGUAUUUGCUUGAAUAAUCAUUUGUCCUGUCACCUGUUGGUCUUGGCCGUGUU